AUGUCGCCUACCGCACUCAAUCCUAUUCAAGGUCAUCAUGACUCUUUCUCUCUUCCCACUACUACCAACGGUAGUACCAAGGAUGAGAGUAAAGUCCAUGCGACUGCGAGAAGAUCACCUGAAGGUGGUCUGAUCAAGGUUGAGUCUGACUCGACUAAAUAUGAGGAAGAAGGUAUCAGAGCGAAGUUCACCGAUAGGGGCGCGGACGUCGUUAAAGGUGCCGACGGGAAAUUCUCGGUCAAGAAGACUGAGAAAACUUACGAGUUCUACACCAAGUCUAAAGUUGGUAAAGUCGGUCUCAUGUUAGUUGGUCUUGGAGGUAACAAUGGAACCACCGUCCUUGCUACCCACUUGGCCAACAAACAUCAAAUCUCUUGGCGAACCAAAGAUGGCGUUCAACAACCCAACUACAUCGGUUCUGUAGUCAGAGCUUCGACUGUCCGACUUGGUGUCGAUCCAGAAACCGGUAAAGACGUGUUUGUCCCCUUGAGCGACAUGUUGCCUAUGGUUCACCCCAACGACUUCGUCAUUGGUGGAUGGGACAUUUCAGCUGUUCCUAUGGACAAAGCUAUGCUCAGAGCUAAAGUCUUGGAGUGGGAUUUACAAAGACAAUUGAUCCCUCAUAUGGAAGGUGUACAACCUUUACCUUCUAUCUACUACCCUGACUUCAUCGCUGCCAACCAAGCUGAUCGAGCCGACAACCUCAUCGACGGCGACGACAAGCAAGCUCAUUUGGACCAUAUCCGAAACGAUAUCCGAAAGUUCAAAGCCGAUAACGAGCUCGAUUCAGUCGUCGUACUCUGGACAGCCAACACCGAGCGAUACGCCGAGAUCAUCCCUGGUGUCAACGAUACUUCUGACAACUUACUCACAUCUAUCAAAGAUUCCCAUGAGGAAGUAUCUCCUUCGACCAUCUUUGCCGUCGCAUCGAUCUUGGAAGGUGUGCCAUUCAUCAAUGGAUCUCCUCAAAACACUUUCGUUCCUGGAUGUAUCGAAUUAGCCGAGAAGAACCAAACCUUCAUUGGUGGAGAUGACUUUAAGUCGGGUCAAACUAAAGUCAAAUCUGUCCUUGCUGAAUUCUUGGUCAAUGCCGGUAUCAAACCUCUUUCGAUCAGUUCAUACAACCAUUUGGGUAACAACGAUGGAAAGAACUUGUCCAGUCAAAGACAAUUCAGAUCUAAGGAGAUCUCCAAGUCUAGUGUUGUCGACGACAUGGUAGCUGCCAACCACCUUCUCUACAAGACCGCUGCUGAACUUACAGCUGAGACUGGUGAAGUCACCAAAAAGGGUGAACAUCCCGAUCAUAUCGUAGUCAUCAAGCACGUUCCAGCUGUCGGUGAUUCCAAACGAGCAAUUGACGAAUACUACUCUGAACUCUUGAUGGGAGGUCGAAACGUCAUGAACAUCUUUAACGAAUGUGAAGAUUCCCUCUUGGCCACUCCUUUGAUCUUCGAUCUCGCCAUCCUCGCCGACCUUCUCACCAGAGUUACCUACAAACCCGAGGGUGAAGCAGAGUACAAACCUCUCUACAGUGUUUUGUCUUUACUCUCUUACAUGCUAAAGGCACCUUUGGUCAAACCCGGUACGGACGUUGUAAACUCCUUGAACAGACAACGAAACGCCUUGGAAGGGUUCUUAAAAGCUUGUUUGGGUUUGGAGAAUAACGGUGAUCUCUUGUUGAACACUAGAAUCUGGUGA